ACUACUGCUUCAUUAAUCACUCUGCAUCUUCACUAAUUACUCGCAGUCUGAGAAAACAAAGAGAGAAAGAUGGGAAAGGGAGGCAUGUCUGAUGGAGAUCAUGCUGAUCGCUGUUAUGGGGAAGCAAUAAAUGGUGAUGUUCAACAAGAGAACAUGGCUGCUUGGCUUCUUGGUGUUAAAAACCUCAAGAUUCAACCUUACAAGCUCCCUAAUCUUGGACCCCAUGAUGUUAGAGUCCGGCUGAAGGCUGUUGGCAUAUGUGGCAGUGAUGUACACCACUUCAAGAACAUGAGGUGUGUAGAUUUUAUAGUUAAAGAGCCAAUGGUUAUUGGGCAUGAGUGUGCUGGGAUCAUCGAGGAAGUUGGGAGUGAGGUCGAAGAUUUGGUGCCAGGCGAUCGUGUGGCACUAGAGCCUGGUAUCAGUUGCAAGCGAUGCAACCUCUGCAAACAAGGCCGGUACAAUCUAUGCCGCAAGAUGAAGUUUUUUGGCUCCCCUCCAAAUAAUGGUUGUCUGGCAAAUCAGGUUGUCCAUCCAGGAGAUCUAUGUUUUAAACUGCCAGACAAUGUGAGUUUGGAGGAAGGGGCAAUGUGUGAACCCUUAAGUGUUGGUAUUCAUGCUUGUCGCCGGGCAAAUGUCUGUCAAGAAACAAAUAUCUUGGUCGUGGGAGCAGGACCUAUAGGACUUGUUACACUGCUAGCCGCUCGUGCUUUUGGGGCGCCCCGAAUUGUCAUUGCGGAUGUGAAUGACGAGCGUUUGUCGAUUGCCAAGAGUCUUGGCGCGGAUGAAGUCGUUAAGGUUUCAACAAAUAUUGAGGAUGUAGCUGAGGAAGUGGCUAAGAUACAAAAGGUUUUGGAAAAUGGAGUGGAUAUAAGCUUCGACUGUGCAGGCUUUAACAAAACCAUAACAACAGCUUUGAGUGCUACUCGUCCCGGAGGCACAGUUUGCCUUGUGGGAAUGGGUCAGAGAGAGAUGACUCUUCCUCUCGCUACCAGAGAGAUUAAUAUAAUUGGAAUUUUCCGAUACCAGAACACAUGGCCGCUGUGCCUUGAGUUUCUGAGAAGUGGUAAGAUUGAUGUGAAGCCCCUCAUAACGCAUCGGUUUGGAUUUUCUCAGAAGGAGGUGGAAGAAGCCUUUGAAACCAGUGCUCGCGGAGGCAAUGCCAUUAAGGUCAUGUUUAACCUGUAAAAUCGAUCGGAGACAAGGAUAUUAAUCAUUUGGACCCAAUCUUUGGUGAUGUUUUUGUUUGCCUUAGUAAUUUGGGGUUUUCUUUUUUGGUUGCAUGCAGUGAAUUAUGAUGUCGGAUAAGCUUUUUUCUUCUGCUAAGUGCGAUCUGGGUUCAAACCCUCCGCUUCUUGUAAUAUAAUACUAUUGUUAACAAAAAUAAAAUAUAAAUUUUGUGCCUACAA